AAAAGCAGAUGAAUUCAAAAUGUAACUUUUCUUGAGGAUAAGUUGCAAAAUUACACUUUCGCCGGUAAAUCCGAUUUCAUCUUCUUGCCGCCGCCGCCGCCGCCGCCGGGUGUCACCGCCAUAUUCAUGGCGUCGUCUGCAGGAAUCGCUUCAUCCAUAACCCCUCUCCUGCCACCCAUUUCCAGCUCCCGACCCGAUAGAACCGGGUGCGGAUGCCCGAGACAGGCCACAACAACCACGGCGGCCGUAGGUUCUCAGUUGGGAGGUUCCGGAGGUCCCCAGACGACGGUGAGAGUUUUAAACCGUACUGAAUUUCAAAGUGCUUCUGAUUUGGAGAAGGAUCGCGACAAUCUAGGGUUUUCUAGUCCCCAAAUUGUCAAAUUUCGUGGCAGUGUUUCUGAUACUGUCAAAAAUAAGGCUCGAAAAAGUGAGUGUUACAAUGUCGAUGGAUCUUUGAAGGGUGAUGAUACUGAUGAUCCUCCAUCAAAGAUAACUAUGAUUCCAAAUGAAUUGGGAAAAACUUGUGAAAAUUCCAGAAAAAUCUCAGGGAGCAAGAGAACUGAAGAUAUUGAGCAGUUCAAGUAUGUCAAGUGUGUUGAUGAUGAUGAGCACAGAAGAAAGAAGAGGAAUUUCAUUUUGGGGAGGCCAGAUUCGCCAUUGUCAAUGAAGUGUGUGGAGAAGAGAGUGAGAGGGGAGGAAGAAGAACGUAGUGCGGGUAUGAAAAAUGCAUCGUUUAACGACUUGAUGGGGGCUCUGCAAGUGGUGCUUGGGAAGGAAAGUGAUGGUGUCGGUUUGCUGGAGACCGCUAAGAUGAGAGGUUGGGAUUUCCCCCGGCCUCGGUGGUGGCCACCUGAAGGAUUUCAAGAUUAGCUCUCCAAGAUUCCAAGACAUGAAACAAAUUUGCAGCUUUGGUUUGAUCUUAUGCUAAUGCCUUGUGGUUUUCUUGAACAUAGACUUCUAUUGGUGAUGCAGAUGAAACGGUUCCUUUUUUUUACUUUGGAUAUACAUUAUGAAAAUGGUGGCCACUAAGAUCAAGAAAUACAUUAUGAAAAUGGUG